GGGGGAGAGGGGAAGGGAAAACGAGCGCGUAGAGCCGAGCGCAGCCGAACAAACGCGAAACGUCGGGCGCGCUCGAGGGAGAGAGAGAGGGAGAUAGGGAAAAGUACCGUAUCGAGGGAGACGAUACUAGUAAUCGGGAGGAGGGAACGACGGUCGCGUAGCCUCGGUUUUACCGCCGCAUUCUCCGAACGUUCGUCUCUUCGUACGCCAGCCUAGCUAGACGGACGUGCGUAUCGUCCUGUCGCGCGCGUACAUCCGUAUCGUUCGGCGUUUCGCGUGUUCGUUCCCGUGUACGGUUUUGUUCGGAGCGGUGAGAAACUGAGAGAAGAAUUACAUACACGUUAUUAUUACGCGGAGGACGAGGACGGCGGCGGCGGCGGCCAUCGUGCCCGGUGCUCGCUUCAUUUCCCGGUGUGUGCGGGACACAGAUCAGUGAUAUAGAUAUUGCGUCUCGGCGUCUCUCAGUCAGUCCGUUGUACAAAAGGCGCGUCGUUCGCGAGUGUUCUCUCCGCGGAUUCCCGCCAUUCCCGGCUUUCCGAUCGUUCGUUUGAUCGAAUCGGAGCGCCCUUCGCGGGCGUCGCUUCGCGCCGUUCAUCCUCUCGCGGCUCAUGUGCCCGCGAGCCGUGGUGACGACGGAGCGCGCGCGAGACGAGUGGCAAUUGACGUUAUCGUCGUCGUUAUUUCGAGCGACGGCUAUUUCUCGGACGAGUAGUGCGGCGGAGGCUCGUAUUUUCCACGGUCGGAAUCGAUCUUUGCUUCGCAAAGUGGCAGAGUGAUCCAAGCGGAAGAGGCGAGAGGAAAGAGAGACGAGAGAGAGAGAGAGAGAGAGAGAGCGCGUUGUGUGGCGGAGAAAAGUCGUAGAUUGUGGUGAACGAGAGGAAAUAGAGCGAGGUGUUACUGUAGGACGACUCUAGUACGUAAGAACGCAAGAGAUACAUCUCGCGGUUAAUAAGAGGUACAGAGCGUCCCUCGUUAUAUUACACAUACCGAAAGAUCGAACGGUGGAUGUGUAAAGUGAUAUAAAGCUAUGGAACGACGCAGAGUGGACGACGACGAUCGCGGUAUCCGUCAUCAGCGUGCGAGCAGCGGCGGUUCCUUCGGCGGCAAGAUGAUGGGCAAGCGUACGCAGUGUUACCUGUGCGAUCUGCCCAGGAUGCCCUGGGCCAUGAUAAUGGACUUCUCGGAACCGGUGUGCCGCGGCUGCGUCAACUACGAGGGCGCCGACCGCAUCGACCUCGUGCUCGAGUCGGCCAAGCAGCUGAAGAAGGCGUACGGUUUCCAGGACGCCAGACCGUCGUCCGCCUCCAAGACCUAUCGUACCACCGCCGGUCACACGGAGCACAACGGCGGUGGUACGAAUCUCGACGUGUUACCGAUCCAGAAUACCAGCCAGACUCACUCGCGUCACCACAACAUCGCCAGUUACUCGCAGCUGCACCAUCGCAACUCCAUCACCGAGUUCAACUCUGGCACAGCAGCCGCGGCUGCCCAGCAGCAGAUCAGCCGUCAACACGCCGGCGAGGAGGCCACCCAUGAGAUGGCUAACGGCAUGAGGAGCAACAAUGUGCGUCUGCCCAACGCCCAUCUGGCCGCUGUGGCGCAUCACGUGAACCUCGGCCACAAUCGCGGCAUCACCCAGCUCAAGCGCGGCAUCUCGGCCAUCGACGAGGACGAGCAUACCGAGAAGAGGCUGUCAUUGGAGGAGCAGCACCCGGUCAGGCCGCCAUUGACGCGCGGCGACUCCAUGCCGGCCGUCAGCCUCGCCGUCAGCUACAUCCCGGACAGAAACAAGGAGAAGCAUCCAGUGAGAGCGCCCAGUUUCGAGACCGCCACUACCUUCAAGGCCAACGGAGCAUAUGUUGGACCGUCCAUACCGUUGGCACCUGCCAACGUCGCGGCCAAUGGUGGAGGAUCGCCUCUUCGUCCGAGAACGAGUCCUCCACCACCGCCACCGCCGACGCAGGAAAGUGCCAACGAUAAUUCACAAUCGAAUCAUCAUCAGACCGCGGCGAACGGACCAUCACCGAUGGCCGCCCUAAUGUCAGUCGCUGAUAAUCUAACAUCACCGGAGCCCGUGCCACAGCCACCGAAUAAUCCCAGCCCCACUAAUAGAAGUCCGCCGACGACAGCCGCGACCGCUCAACAACGCAGCGCUUCUAGAGGCUCUCAGCAUAGCCCGAAUAGUACAGACAGUUAUGGCAGACGGUCCAGUAGUUCAAGGCAGGUGUCCUCGACAACCGUGACGACAUCCUCCGAGGGUGCGGUGGCUCAAGCUGCUGGCGCUGAACCGGUCUCGGCACCGACUCUGAAAUGUACGCUAUGUCAAGAGCGUCUGGAGGACACGCAUUUUGUUCAAUGUCCCAGCGUGCCGCACCACAAGUUUUGCUUCCCGUGUAGUCGGGACAGCAUAAAGAGGCAGGGUGCUGGUUCAGAGGUUUAUUGUCCGAGUGGCGAGAAAUGCCCGCUUGCGAACAGCCAAGUACCGUGGGCUUUCAUGCAGGGCGAGAUAGCCACUAUCUUGGGCGAGGAUACUGCGGGUACUGGGCUUAAGGUUAAGAAAGAGAGAGAAACUUAAAAAUUCUCUUUCAAUGUCUAUUCAGGGCUCAAAUUUUCUGUCCCCCUUUAUUCAGAGGGGCUAUUAUGGUUGGAACCAUGAAGGGUUUCGCCAAACGCUUUUGGUAACGGUGAUAAAUAGUCGUUGGCGAUAAGCGGAGGAAGCCAACGAACGACUCGAGCCAAAGACGUUGUCUGGUGCAGAUUCUCAUGAAGUUGUAAUGUCAUCCAUUAGAGAUGGGUGGGAGGGGGAGGAGGAAGUGGACGAUUCGGUUUUGUUUGAAGUCUAACGAUGCGUCUUGAUGUUAUGAUCGAUACCGUACGGUAUUUAUCGAUUGGUUUUGAGAAGAAGUCUUUGGCAAAUUGCAUGCUGGCGAUCGGUUGUUUUGCUGCUCAUGUAUAUACGGAUUUCGUAGAGAGCGGUUAAUUAACGCAAUGGAAGCAGCACAUUAUUUUUCGUGGAUUUUUAAUGAGAAAAGCAGCACACGUGUUUAAAAUAGCGACGGUGAACAACGAUGAUGAUGAUUUGUUGCCCGGUUUGGGUUUGUACUUAUAGGCUCGAUAUGCCUUUCUUCAUUGUCUCUUGUAAUCGCGGGCGUAAUCGCUCGCGUUUUUUCACACAAUACACAUACACUUACAUGCAUACAUAUGUGCGCACACACACACACACACACACACACACACACACACACACACACACACACACAAAUACAUGCACACAUUUCGAGAUAAACUCAUUGACUUGGUAUCGCGUAACGCACAUGCGGUCCGCAUUGUACUUUAUUUUUUUUCGCGCGUGUCCGUUUAGGAUGGUCGUGAUUUUAAUUAAUAACUAACGCGAAAGAUUGCAUCACCUUCAUGGUGAUCGCCGUCCUUUUUCUAUUUUUUUUGUUUGUAUACUCUUUCUACCCUAUACUUCGCUCGUUGUAUUAUAUAUUGAAACAUAUGGCAAAUAUUCUCGGACCCAGCGCACGGGUUUUCUGUACAUUGUGUAUAUGUGUACAUACCUACAUUAUAUUAAUAAAGCGUAUAACUAAAAAAAAAAAAUUUUAACGAUUUUUAAGUGUACAAAAGUCUAUGUAUUCGUUUUUGCGUUCUGUGUCUUUUUAAAUUAUUAUUAUCCUUUUCACUUCUCUUUUGUGUCUCUUCUUUUUCACUCUUUCCUUUUCUUUGUUCUCGCGAAUAAAGUUGUACGCUGUCAUUUCUCUGAAAGACUUUUUUUUUUCGUGUAGAGACACGCGACGCGUUUUCCUUCUCUAUUUUCGAUUUUUUGCUCGCGAGGGCACACGACGUUGCGUUUUAUUCGCGUUCUUUGUAAUCGCGCUCGUCCGGUCUUUCGGGGGGGAAAGAAAAAAAAAGUAGAAAAGUCACGCGAGAUACGUGACCACAUCGCGCUAUUCAGUCACUCGUAAAAAGCGAAUUAUAUAAUAUAAUGUUUGACUAUGCAACGUCCACUUUCGCCUUUAGUUUAUGCGCUAGACCUUUAGUCGAGGGCAUUUUGAUUUUUCAUUUUCACCGAUGAAAAAGGCACGCCCGUCAAAAUAGGAACCACAUACUCGCUAUGUCUAAAAGAUAAAAAAAGUGAAAGGAGAAAAAGGCAGGCAGGCAGGCAGGCAGGCAGAGACAACUCGCUGGAGGCGCCCGAGUAGGAUCUUUUUGCGUGCGACGAUCGAGCGAUUCUCUCGCGGAAAGAGGGACCCGUUCCCGGGCACGCGGGCGCGCGCGUAUAUCCUUUUGUAUAUAUUUGUACAAAAACAGAUCGGCACACAGUGAAAAGAGAGCAGUUGUCGGAAGUUGUCGCGGGGGGAAAA